GUAUGUUUCCCACAGCCAAUUGUCUUCCAAAAGGGCAAUACGAAGUACAUCUUGGAAUCCCUGGAAAUGAAUUGUGAUCAUGAUUAUGUUACGUUUUUUCAUAACGUCGCCAACUCGAAGGUGCUACAUACUUUUCGAGUGGUAAAAUUAGUCUCUGCCUUCACCAUCGAUAUCAAAAUGAAAGUUCUAAAAACACAAAGAAUUCUUUACAAAUUGGAAAACAUAAACGGCUGUGAGUUUUUAAGUAACCCGGUUCGUUUAGGAGUAAUAGGCGAAAACUACAAACAUCUCGUGGUCAACGGCAGUUUCUUUAAGUGUCCUAUCAAGCCGAAUAUUUACUACUUGAAAUCCGAGAACAUUUUGUCGCUUAUACCAAACAUACAUCCACCUGGACGCUUUCAGCUGUCGCUUCGAGUGAAAGUAGCAGAAAGUUCUCAGCCGUUCAACCUAGAAAUGUUGUUGAAGUACAACAUUAUUCGCAUCAAGUGA